UCUACGUCAUCUGAAGCCACCGGAAGCGUGAGUUAUCUGUCCCCGCCCCAGCAGCUCAGUCAAUCCAACCUGAAGAGAAGGCGAGUCAACGGCUAAAAAUAUAAUAGCUAACACAAGAUGGCCGGUCUGCCUCGUAGGAUUGUAAAGGAAACGCAGCGGUUGAUGGCAGAGCCUGUUCCAGGGAUCACUGCUACGCCUGAUGAAGGGAAUGCACGCUACUUCCAUGUGUUCAUUGCAGGGCCUCAAGAUUCUCCCUUUGAAGGAGGCACAUUUAGACUUGAACUAUUUCUUCCAGAAGAGUAUCCCAUGGCAGCUCCCAAAGUGCGAUUCAUGACCAAAAUCUAUCACCCCAAUGUUGACAAACUGGGAAGAAUAUGUUUAGACAUUUUGAAAGACAAGUGGUCUCCAGCCCUGCAGAUCCGUACAGUGUUGCUAUCUAUCCAGGCAUUAUUAAGUGCUCCCAAUCCAGAUGAUCCACUGGCAAAUGAUGUUGCAGAGCAGUGGAAGAAAAAUGAAAGCCAAGCCAUUGAGACAGCCCGAACAUGGACCAGGCUCUACGCAGGCAACAGUGAAGUAUAGAAGAAGAGAAUCAAGGCGUCUGAAUGUGAUCCACAAAAUAUACUCCUAUUCUGUCAUUUGAAUUUAACGGACACAAAAAAAGAGAAAAAAAAUAUUAUAAGUCCAAAUCUAUCUGAAAGAAAUGACGAGCAGCAGACCUCUGGGUGGCAUAUGUUAAGACGCGUUAAAUGUGUGUUAGCCUUUUUUUCUUUUUUCUUUGUUUUUUUUGUUUGUUUGUUUUCUUUCCCCUGUGUUGCUAUUUAAAUGCAUGGACAGAGAAUGAGACCCUCCCCAUUACAGUCUUAAAACUCACAAUACAAUGUGUUGUCUUUAACCAGGCCACAUACUGGUACGUUUGCAAAGUGUACAUGCAUUAAAGCUGUCGUUCUUUUAACACAUGCAUUAUUUGUCAACACAUCUGUAUGUCUUUUUGUGUUAAUUCAGCACUGCACCGGUAGAAAUAGUAAAUGACACAUAAACUAUUAAUAAUGUAGGUUCCCAAAAUUUAGAGGGAUGGGGGGAAAAACCCAACACAAUUGGAAGGGGGAAAAACUAAAACAGCAGUUUAAAUGCACAGCAAGGGUGAAGCUGAAGGAUUUCACACAGGAAGUGCUUCCUCAAACUUUUAUACAAGCUCACACAAACGUAAGUUUAGCUGCUGAAUCCAGGUUAAAGAAAACUGGGAUAAUUGAGAGAUGUAUGCCCUGAUGUAAGUGCCAGGUUUGCUAAUGGGGAAUACAUAUUCCUUCACAGCCACAGCUCAUGUUUUAAAGAAUUUAGUCAGUGCCUAGUAUCCUGCAGGUUUUGUGUAUUCAUUCACACCUUACCAUUGGAAUCAGGUGUGUAGAAAAGAUAAUAGAAAUGUUCUAAUUAGAAUCCAAUGAAUGGGGAUUCCUGCAGUAAUCCAAGAGCUGCUGGUUGGUUGUAAGCCUGUUGUCUGAAAGCUUCAAGAAGUCUCAGAAACUUGAUUCAAUCUUUCUUUCAUUUUUUUCCCUCCUCAGUUUUCAGACCCUGUUUAGUUUGGGGAGGGUGGGCGGAGUACUUCCACAGGCUUAAAAAGUCAUUCCCAACACAUUAAGGGAGGCAGAUGAAUGCUCAGUGUUGAAAGAAACUAAAUGUCAUAGCAGAGUAGCAUGUGUUGAAAAUGACGUCAGCUUUUUAAGAGGGUAGGAAGUUAACUUGUUGUUGGUUUUAUGUUUAUUUUUAACUAUCUGUCCAUGCUAUAUCUGUGUUGCCUGUUUUCAAUUUUAUUUUCAGUGUUACUUCAUGUACCAUACCAAGCUGAUAACAGGACGGUUCAAACUAGACGUCAGAGGUGAAGGGGGGUGUUUUCUUUAAGGGGGAAGUUGCGGUUCUUGCCAUUGAUUACAAGGUUGUUUUCAGAGUUUUCUGCUUUUACAUUUAAUCAGUUCCCGUGGGUAAAUUCAGUCACUGUGGAAGCAGGAAGAGCGAUGUUACAAAUAAAGCGUGUUCAACUUCAAAAGGAUUUUUGAUUGGCUAAAGAGAAUGGAUGUCAUGCACGCUGUACGAUAAUCCCACAAAAUCCAGGGUGUGAUUCAAUUUGAUGAACACUUUAGAAAAUAUAGAAACUUUCCUUUUAAAAGGGAUCAAAUAACGUUAAAGGCUCACUGCUACAUUGCCUGUACCCUUCAUGUUGCUUCAUUGUGGCUCAUCUGAGAGAGGACUGACCGAAACCUGUUUGUAGCUUUUUUUUUUUCUUUUUUUUUUUCUUGGAUUAUCACAGGCUUUGCUUAGAUUUGAUGGUGUCCAGAAAUAUUAACUCUAACUGCUAUAUUUGCUGAAGCCUGGAAGAUGGAGCACGGCUUAAAACCUGGUUAAUUUAUUGUUUCCCUGAGGGACUUGAUGGUAAUCUAAAGGAAAAAAAAAACAGUCACUCACUGGAUUUUUGAAGUAUAUUGAUCAACAUACUGAGCUCAAACUGAAUAAUCAACUCCCCAUGUGAUGAAUAAAAAAAAACAGUUCUGUCAGUAAUUUCAGUGCAUUUGCAUACAUGGCUCUUCAAACACUCUGGUAAUAAACUGAGUUGAGUAAGUAA